AUGCUGGAGAGCGGCUGCAAGGCGCUGAAGGAGGGCGUGCUGGAGAAGCGGAGCGACGGGCUGCUGCAGCUGUGGAAGAAGAAGCGCUGCAUCCUGACCGAGGAAGGGCUGCUCCUCGUGCCCCCCAAGCAGCCGCAGCCGGGGCCCCCGGCCGCCGAGCCGCCGGCCGCCAAGAUCAAGGAGCUGCACUUCUCCCACAUGAAGACGGUGGACUGCGUGGAGCGGAAGGGCAAGUACGUGUAUUUCACCGUGGUCAUGGCCGAGGGGAAGGAGAUCGACUUUCGGGGCCCGCAGGAGCAGGGCUGGAACGCCGAGAUCACGCUGCAGCUGGUGCAGUACAAGAACCGCCAGGCCAUCCUGGCCGUCAAGUCCACCCGCCAGAAGCAGCAGCACCUGGUCCAGCAGCAGCACCCGGGCCACCGCCUCCGCAGCGCCUCCAACUCCGCGUAGGGCGCCCGAGGGAGCGGCCGCGGCCCAGCCCAGGUUGAAUCCAAGCAGCCCUUCAGGAAAUGAGACUGAUGAGCAGCACAUUUCUGUUGUGAACAUAUUUCAGUGGAUCCACAAACUUGGCAAACCGAGGAAAGCCGGGGUGGGGAGCAGGCAGACUGGAGAGCAUCA